GAGAAAGGGGUUAACAUGUAAACCAAACGUUUGGAAAGACGCUGUUACCCCCCUUACACAAACAGACCGGCGGCCCCUGCUCGGACUACACUGACAGUAAUGCAGUCUGUUCCAGUUUCCCUGAACCGGCGCACAUUCACGUUACGGUAACUGUGCGAUACGGCAGAGCAGCGGAGUCUGCAGCCUGGCUGCAGCCUGGCUCGGUUGUUUCUGCCUUUUCCUUUCUCAACCGCUGCGUCUUCCAUACUGGACAUCCAAGGAUGUACAGGAAGAUAAGCAGCAGCAGAGGUGAGCGAGCCGGAUCGAUGCUCUUAUCGGUGAUAAAGUAGACACCGCCGUCAGAACAAGGGCUUGGCUCGGCUUCUUGGUCGUUUGCAAAUACUCAGGAUGAGGAAACCCAAAGUGACUCGGACGGGUUUUGCCUUAUGCCUGGGAUGUUUCAUUAUGGUCAUCCUCUACUUUAACAGCAGUCUAAAGCCAGCCUCAGAGCCGGUCAGUGAAAGAAGCAGUGGGCAGAAGUCAAGAAGGAGUCCUCUGCAGACGCUUUAUGACGGGGACCAGGUUGAGACAGCAGUACAGGCGAUCCAUCAGGGCAGACGGGAAGUGUUAGAAGAAGCCUGCCGCUCCUACACCCGCAAACGCAGAGUCCUCAUCCCCGAGGACCUGAAGCAUGUUAUUGUGGAUGACCAGCACGGCUUGCUGUACUGCUACGUGCCCAAAGUUGCCUGCACCAACUGGAAGCGGGUACUCAUGGUUCUGACAGGAGCAGCCGGGUCCCUACAAGAUCCACUGGCGAUCCCUGCCAACGAGGCCCACAUCCCAGGGAACCUCCGCACCCUUUCGGAGUAUUCCACCUCACAGAUUAAUCAGCGCCUGCGCUCCUACCUUAAAUUCGUCUUUGUACGCGAGCCCUUUGAGCGGCUGGUGUCUGCAUACCGCAACAAAUUCACACGGAGCUACAAUACUGCUUUUCAUAAACGAUACGGCACAAAGAUAGUGCAGCGGCACAGGCCAGACCCGCAGCCGGAAGCUCUGGAGAGGGGCAACGAUGUCUCCUUUGAGGAGUUUGUGUAUUACCUUGUGGACCCGGCAACCCAGCGAGAAGAGCCCUUCAACGAGCACUGGGAGCGGGUGCACUCACUGUGCCACCCCUGCCUCAUCCACUACGAUGUGGUGGGUAAAUACGAGACGCUGGAGCAGGACUCCCGCUAUGUGCUUCAGCUGGCCGGGGUGGAGGACCAGGUCAGCUUCCCCGCCUCAUCCAAGAGCACCAGAACUACAGGAGACAUGGCUGCCCAGUUCUUCCACAACAUCAGCCCCUUCUACCAGAAGAAACUGUACAACCUCUAUCGCAUGGAUUUCCUGCUCUUCAACUACUCAAUACCAGCCUACCUCAAGUUUAGAUGAGGCUGGGACAUCACUUAUCCAUGGCAUAAUUUGAACAUGCGGAGCUUGGACUUAAAGUCUGUUAUUGAGAUGUUUAUCUCUGUGUAGGCCUUAUUACAGACACCGCGAGUACUCUUAAAAAUGUGUCCUGAUGAGAGCUCCAAAAUGAAGUCAUUUUACAGACUGAAGAACUUCUUUGCACACAGGAUACAAGUAGGAUGCUCAAUCACAAAGUGACAGUUGCUGCCUACAGAAAGACAAACUACAUUUUACUGUAAAGAGUGAUCCAGUGGAUGUCGGUCACUGCAUUUGAAAGUGUGAAAUACCAUUAAACUUUUGGUUUAAUUUAAUUUGGGUUGUAAUCUGCUGCUCAAGGGAGUCAGUGGGCACGACAAAUGUUAUCUGCAGUACCUUAAUGAAAGUACUAAAAUCUUCAGACAGUGAAUGUCUCCAAACGUGCCUCUGAUCGCAGACAAUGACAACUGUGACUAUUUUUUGUGCUGUAGGAAGAGAUUUUUGUGUAACAAUAAUAUUGUCUUUAUUUAUUGUGUUAUUACUGUGUCCACAAAGUCAGAAGACGAACCAAAGUAGAUAUAUAGUUUCUCUCACAAUUUUCAAAUAAAUGCAUUUCAGCAA